GGAUGGCAGAGAUCAUUGCGCAAGGAUGAGGAACGAGGAUCAGCCCUGCCAUGACGCCAGCAGAGACCACGCCCUCUUCAGCCCCCAUAAGGCCUUCUCCAAGUCCUUCCAGAACCACCACCAUCAAGCCGCGGGAGAACCGACAUUACAGAUCACUUUUCUUUUAUUGAUGGGGGUGGGGACCCCAGCCAACGUCCUCCUCUUCUUGCAAAACGUCUCCCCAAUCAUUUCAGGAUGCAGGCAGAAGCUCCCCAACACGAUUCUCUCCCACAUGGCCGUGGCCAACGUCUUGGUUCUUCUUCCCAUUGGGAUCUCAAACACAAUGGCAGCUUUCAUGCCCAGGCGGCCCCUGUCCUCUCUUGGGUGUAAGUUUUUAGGCUUUAUUCACAGGAUGGCCCGAAGCACCACGCUGUGCGCCACCUGCCUCCUGAGCACCUCUCAGCUCUUCACUCUCAGCCCCGGAAGAGUGGGGUGGACGGUGCUCCCGGAAGUGUUCCCCAAGGCCCUGGGUCCUUCCUGCAGCACCUGCUGGCUGCUCGGUGUCCUCAUCAAUGCCUACGUUCCUGUGAAAGUCACUGGUCCACGGAGCAUAGGCAAUGGCUCCGAGCCCCGGGGGUCCUGGUUCUGCUCGGGAUCAGGCUCCAGCGCUGCUGUUGUGGUCCUGUGGUUGGUGCCGGACGCCAUCUUCAUGGGUCUUAUGGGCUGGGCCAGCGUCUCCAUGGUCCUCCUUCUGCGCAGACACCAGCGGAGGGUGCAGCACCUGCACAAUCCCAGGGCCGGCCGGGGGUGCCCCCCAGAGACCAGAGCCACCCGCACCGUCUUGAUGCUCAUGGUCAUGUUUGUCAGCUUCUACCUGCUGAAUUCUAGCUUUGUUUUCUAUGUGACUAUCUUCUUAGACACCCCUCUGUUGCUGAUGCAGGUCUCUGAUGUCCUGGAGAUGUGUUUCCCCACUCUCUGCCCCUUCCUGAUGAUCCUCAGGGAAUUGAGAAUGCCUAUGUUUUGUCCUCGGAUUUUCUGA